CGUGUGUAUAUAUAUAUAUAUAUAUUUACAUAGGUGCGUAUAUAUAUAUAUACACACGCACCAAUUCUAAUAAGCACUGCUACUAUUUUUAGGGAGAGGGAUGGGGUAAAUGUUGCAAGUUGGAAAUUGAGACCCCCUCCCAGCCCAAUAACACUUCCAGGUUUAGCUCCUUUUUCCUAGUCAGCUGUUGGACUUUCCGGAACCAAUUGGGGGUCCAGUUGUUUUUUCCCAGCUACAUGCCUCCCUUUCCUACAGCUUGAGUGGAACUAUAUAUUUUUAAGUAAAUCCCUUAGAUAUCUUGAAACAGUGAUGCAUGAAGUAAUGCCUGUGAUGAUGACUAAAGCAACCAAAUAAUUUCACACACAAAUAAAUAUAGUCAUGUAUAUCUUAUAGACAAAUAUAUAAUAUAAAUACAAAAUAUAACAUAGUUUAGCAUAAUAUAUUUUUGUCUAAGCGUUGUUGCCUGAAACCCUAUUUUAUUGCCUUAGAUAUAAUUAAAGAACAAUAAAGGGAUUACCCAGGACAGAAGGGGGCCUGUUUUGGAAACAGCUUUUUGGUGCCUUCUUAUUGGCUUCUUCUGUCUGUUGCUUCAGGAUUGUGUUACUCAUCAAGAAAUAUUUUUUUUCUGUGGGGAAAAUCAGAACUAAACCUAUAUUCCUGCCUUUUCACUGACAUUUGAUUAGUCACUGGAUGUAUAUCAAGUCACAGAAUAUAUGAAGAUUGCUGGCAAGGAUUAUCAUUAUAUGGUUGAAACAAAACUGCUUCUGUGAUUUUUUUUUUUUUUUUUUUUUUUUUUUUUUUUUUCCUUUCUCUUUUUUUGUGGAACCCACAGCCAGUAGUUUUUAUUUUACCUGAUAUUUGGGACGCCACAACCCAAAACACAAGAGUUUCCGAUGGUGAUCACUUCAACUGUGGAAGAGAAGCCACAGCCUUCCAGCAGGAUGGUUGCAAAUUUACCUGCCGAGUCCUGGAUCGGCAACCCAGAUCAGAAUCUGUAUCUGCCACAGUCACACCUGCUCCGGAAGCCAUCACGAAGUGGAAGCAGCUCAGGAUGCAAGCCCCACUCCUCCUCCCUCUGCCAGCCUGCAGCCUUGGGCUUCUCCCCCGCUGAGCCAACCAUGUCGAGCCAGCACAGCCACCCCUCCUUUAGCAACAUCCACUCCAUGGCCGAACAGCAGCAGGUGCUGUCAGACAUGACCAUUCUGCAGAGGAGGAUCCCCCCAAGCUUCCGAGAUCCAGCUAGUGCACCACUGCGAAAACUGUCGGUUGAUCUCAUCAAGACAUAUAAGCACAUCAAUGAGGUGUAUUAUACAAAGAAAAAGCGACGUGCCCAGCAGGUUCCCCCUGAGGAUUCCAGCACUAAAAAGGAGCGCAAGGUGUACAAUGAUGGUUAUGAUGAUGACAAUUAUGACUACAUUGUCAAGAAUGGGGAGAAGUGGUUGGACCGUUACGAGAUUGACUCACUCAUUGGCAAGGGCUCCUUUGGACAGGUGGUAAAAGCCUAUGACCACCAUGAGCAAGAGUGGGUAGCCAUCAAGAUCAUCAAAAACAAAAAAGCCUUCCUGAACCAAGCUCAGAUUGAGCUGCGCUUGCUGGAGCUCAUGAACAAACAUGACACGGAGAUGAAGUACUACAUUGUGCACCUGAAGAGACACUUCAUGUUUCGGAACCACCUUUGCCUGGUGUUUGAGCUUCUGUCCUACAAUCUGUACGACCUCCUGCGCAACACCAAUUUCCGUGGUGUUUCGCUCAAUCUGACGCGCAAGUUUGCUCAGCAGUUGUGCACAGCCUUGUUGUUCUUGGCCACACCAGAGCUUAGCAUCAUACACUGCGAUCUAAAGCCUGAGAACAUCCUCCUCUGCAAUCCUAAAAGGAGUGCCAUCAAAAUUGUGGAUUUUGGAAGCUCCUGCCAGCUGGGUCAACGGAUCUACCAGUACAUCCAAAGUAGGUUCUACCGAUCUCCGGAGGUACUGCUUGGCAUGCCUUAUGAUCUGGCCAUUGACAUGUGGUCCCUGGGCUGCAUUCUGGUUGAGAUGCACACAGGGGAGCCUCUCUUCAGUGGUUCCAAUGAGGUGGAUCAGAUGAAUAAAAUAGUUGAGGUGUUGGGUGUCCCCCCCAACCACAUGCUAGACCAGGCCCCCAAAGCACGGAAAUAUUUUGACAAGCUGUCUGACGGCCUCUGGACCGUCAAGAAGAACAAGGACAUAAAGAAGGUACUUUAUCCUUCGGCUUGCGAGUAUAAGCCCCCUGCCACAAGACGGCUCCAUGAGAUUCUUGGGGUGGAAACAGGGGGGCCAGGGGGCCGGCGGGCCGGAGAGCAGGGCCACGCACCCUGCGACUACCUGAAGUUCAAAGACCUGAUCCUCCGCAUGCUGGACUAUGACCCUAAGACCCGCAUCACACCCUUCUAUGCUCUGCAGCACAAUUUCUUCAAGAAGACCACUGACGAGGGCACGAACACCAGCAGCUCCACCUCUACUAGCCCCGCCAUGGACCACAGCCACUCCACCUCCACUACAAGCUCAGUGUCCAGCUCCGGUGGGUCUAGCGGUUCUUCCAAUGACAACAGAAAUUACCGGUACAGCAACCGGUACUACAACAGUGCAGUCACUCAUACUGACUAUGAAAUGCAGAGUCCACAGGCUCCAUCUCAGCAGCAGCUGCGCAUCUGGCCCGGAGGAGAGGGGGGUCCUCUGUCCAACAGUGGAGACCCCCCUUACCCCCAACUGCUGCUGCACAAGCCAGCUGCAAGCCAGCACUCCCGCCACUUCCUGUCUGGGGUUGGGGUCGGCAUGGGAGGCAUGAUGGAGCCGCACCAUCCCCAUCCCAUCUACGGGAGCCACCACAGCAAUGGCCGGCAGCUCCGUCAGCAGCAGCAGCAGCAGCAGAACCAGCCACAGAACCAGUCGCAGCCCUGCCAGUCGGCACAGUCACUGAUGCCUGUCUCCUCCCCACAGAUGCAGGACAGCAUUGAGCUGAGCCUCAGCCACCACCAUCACCUGGGUCAGUCUUCCAUCAUGCCACCCCAGAGCUUGGACUCUCAAUACGGCUCCUCCAAUCUCCACCUGGGCCUUUCUGCUUUUCGGACUAGGACAGUCAUGGCCCCUCAGCCCCCACCCCCACCACCCCCCACGGCCUCUCAGCAACAGUUGGCCCAGCCUCCUCCCUCUCAGGACAGCAUGGUAGCUGCCUCUGGGCUUGGGUACAUUCCCCCAUGUUACCCUGGCAGUAACAACAAUAACAACCCACCCCAGGGAAGUGUUGGGGUGGGAGGCAGCAUGUUAACCGGGGGUCCUCCACCCAGGGGAAUAGGUGGUGGGGGACGACCCGAUUCCGAGGAGUCGGCCAUGAUGAGUGUGUGUGGUAGUGGUGGAGGGGGUGGUCCCAAUGCGGCCAACUCUUGAUAAAUCUUGAACAAAUUCCAAAAGCCAUACAAUUUUAAUGAAACAUAAUGAAAAUACACGCAGACAAAUACACCCACAAACACAAAAAGAUGGUCAAACAUACAGAGCCCAAUAUACAGACAAAGUUGUGAAAUAUCAAAGGAAGUUUUUGUUUUGCAUGUGAGAUUCAGAGGGUGGUGAAAGGGUUCUUGGAAAAUAUGGUUCUUUUUCAGUUUUCCAUUUCUUUUAUUGAAGCAGAGAAAGGGGGUUUACACAGGUGGCAUCAAAAGUUUCAGAAAGUAUGUUUUUAUUAUUAUUAUUCAAUUUUAUGUGAUUUCAGGACAGGAUCGCAGCGAGAUUUGUUUUUGGGUUGUUUUUGGAAUAUGGAAACCAUGAAGGGAGAGGUAUAGUUUAAGAAUUGGAACAGGUUGUGAAGAAUGAAUGGAGAGAAGUGUGAUUAAUACCCCUGCGCUAUAUUUUAUGUCAGUUUUUUUUUCUGAAUUCUAGGCGUAAAUUGUAAAUUGUUAAUUUAUUAAAAUUCACUACACGAGGAGGGAAAAUGUGGGAGAGAACAGAAAUAAGCGCAGGGUUUGGUUUUCGUGGGUUAUUUAUUUAACAAUUCAUGUAAUUUAUUUUUCUUUCCUAAAGUGGGGACGUGUAUCCACACACAUAUGCACACACAGAAAAAAUAUUUCCCCUCACUCUGGUAAUUCUCCCCCUUACACACACACACACACACACACACACAUACAUACACACACAGGUUUUGUUACCAUUUUCCUUUCUCUUUGUCUUUUUUUCAACUGGUUUACAUACUAACUGAAUAAAUUAAAUGACAAAUGUCAGUACAAUGGGGGGCACACCAAAAAAGAUGCUAUUUCAAGAAUAUUUGCAGAAGUUAGGAGAAGGGGUACAAUAUGACUGGGGGUUAUGAAAAACAAACCAUUUUGCUUGAAGGAAAACCAAAAUGCUUCCCUGUUUUUUUCUUUUUUCGGUUAUGUUUUUUCUUCAUCUCAACACCUGACUCAACAACAAAAAGAUACAUGAAAGAUAAACUGUGGGUUGGAUUAUCUAUGGCUAUUCUCAGCCAGAUCUCGCUCACUGUCUGUUUCUCUCAUCCCCUGUUUCUGUUAGAGUGAAGAGAAGUUGUGGAGACAGGAUUGAGCUGGAGGAGAGGGCUUAAAUAUUACAGGACAUGUUAAUGCCCCUGACUCCUCCUCACCCUCUACACUCUCUGACUUAACACCCCCUUCUCCCUCUCUUCUGUUCUCUUUUUUUUUUUUACUUUUUUUUUUAACCCCACUCCCACCUCAGAACCCCCUGUGAGUGCAGUUUGCCAUCAAGUCAAAAAAAAGAAACUUCUCUCUUGGCUGCUAUCUCCACUUUCAACCAUGUUCGGAUUGCUGCUAAAGAAAACAGAUAAAUACAUAAAUAAAAAUAAAUUAAUAAACUUUUUAACCCUCCUGCUUAAGAAAAAAAGGAAAAAAUAAGCUACUGCAUCUCAUGUAUUUAUUAAUAUUUAAAGAAAUAUUGUUUUGCUGUUUCUUGUUUUUGCAGGUAAGCUGGGCAUAAAAUAUAGUUUAUAAUAGGAAUGCAGUCUUGUUUUAAAUUAUUUGUAAACAAAACUUAAGGGGAGAAAUAAACUGGGAGGGGAAUUAAUGAUAAAGUGGCCACCAUAGUACAGUCACCGUCAAACUGCAUUCAACAAUAAUGCUUUCGGGGGAAGGGAUGGGUGUUCAUUGGUUAAACACUUGAAUCCUUCUCGGAUUUGUGAGAGUUAUUAGUCUGACUAUGGCAGAAAUCUAGGUGAGGUUCCAGUUUUGGGUCUUGCUGUUGCUGGAUAUAUUUGCAUGUGUUCCUAACUGAAGGUCUUGUGCAGCUGUAGGGAGACUUUCCCCACCCCCACAUGUCUUGGACAACUGACGGCAAGCAGUGAACAACCCUUCUGGUGUGAGUCCAUUAUAUUACGUUAGACUUGGUGAAAUUAUGGUCCUUGUGAUAAUAAUGUUACUACCAGUUGGGGGAAAAAACUUCUUGUUCGGAGAAUGGAAGUUGGUAUUGUUUUUAUGAAAUUAAUACAGCUGGAGUGCGCACCUGUUUAUUAGCAUUUAUAUUACUUCUGUUAAAGAAACGUAGCUAAAUGAGUUAAAUCGUGGUAGUAUCAGUUAAGAUGGGGGAAAUUUUAGCAAUUCUAUAGUUCAGGGUACAUGCUGAGUGUGAACAGUCAAAAGUAAUGGAGAGCAGUGACUGAAGACCAUCCAAUAUUACUAUGUCAAAGCACUACAACUUUUGUCUAAAAUGUGAAAACUAUUUUUAUAUAUAACAAGGUGGCUUGGUUUACGUGGCUACUGCUCUGAAAAGAAAUGGGACCAACUGUGUCUUUCAUCUCUCAUUAGGAGGCUUUUUUGAAUCUGGUACUCACAGUAUAUCUUAAACUCAGGAACAUUUAUGUUCUUAGGCAGUGAUUAUGGUUUUGCACACUUUGGGGAAACUUGGUAUUGGGGAUUUUCUUGUAUGUAUCAGAUUGAUUUUCGAUCCUAUAGAUAUUCCUGUAUGCCCGUGAACGACACAUUUAAGCAUCAUGACACCAGCAUGAGGAAAUGUUUUAUUGGUCAUCGAGUUGCGUUUACCAGUUUCACAGAAGUCGUCGUCCAAGGUGUUCAUCGACAAUAUUUUUUCAGGUAUUGUUACUUUCACAUAUGGUUAAAUGGGGGAAAACACUGGAUGGGACGGUCAAUGCACGGUAAGUGAUUGAAUGAAUCACAUUAUUAUUAAUAGUAUACUUAUUCACAGGAAACUUGGGAAAGAAUGUUUUACUUCUUACAGAUAAGUAAAUAUUUUGGGAGGACUUGGUAUUUUAAUGUGAAGUAGGUAUAUAAAGACUUUAGCCUUCAAUCUUAUUUAGACACUGAAUAGUGGCUGGUAUUUAUCUUCCAGCAGUUUUGGGCAGUUUGACGGCUUAGCUUGCCUAAAAAAAUGUAUACCUUUUCAAUACGUCAGAAUAACUAAUUGAACCACUUGACGUAGCUGUGUGUAUGUGUAUAUAUAAUGUAUAUGUAUGUAUGUAUGUAUAUAAAUAAGACUGAAAUUUAAGCAGCUUAUUGUACAUUUAUCAUAACAGAAAUACCUUAACGUCUACAAAGUGUUCUAAAACCUACAGCUAUAAAUAAAAUUGGCAUAUUAGUUUUCUACAUUCAGGUGAUUGUCAAGUAUAUUGUCUUUCUUACUGACAUACAAGACAAUUUCCUAAAUGCUACUACAGUCUGCAUCUAUACAUGUAAAAGCUUUCAUUUUAUUCAAUCAGCAUGACAACGAUUAAUACUGCUGUGGGCGAUAGUCCGGAGUUGAAAGUCAUCUGUUUUGGUGAGCAAUCAAUCCAUCUGACAGUAUAUUUAAGAUAGCUGUGUCGGUAGCACAAAAAUUGGAAUGUAUGGUAGUAAAACGGGCAGACGGGGACAGUUAUAUUGUUGACUUACGUCAACUAGGCGAUUCUGAUAUUCAGAUAAGUGAUAUGCAAAGCUACACCGAUUUUACAAAUUGUUGCGUUGAAUGGGGCAGAGAAUCUAUCUUUUUAUGGCCUGUCAAAUAUGUAUGAUAAAUAUAUUCGCCAUCCCAGAUAGUUCUUAACCGAUAUCAUUUAGGUUUCUUGUUAAAUCGUGAUAAGCAAGAUGUUUUCCGAAAUGGGUAUUUUUCAGGUUAGGAGACGACGCUAGUACGACAAGGUACCCACGGGCCAAAUAUUAAACAAAAAAAUGUAACCUAUGGCCUUCGACGUUUAUACAAGGUUAAACUCCGCAAUGCAUUAAAUUGCCUAAGAUGUUCAAGAAAGAAGAACACUAGGGAGUGUAAGUACUGCUAUGUAAUUUUACAAAUGCUUGGAAUAUUUCGCCGCGGGGACGGCUAUAAUCCGAUAUACCCGACAGUUUUCGAAUAAAAAACACAUUAAUUACCCAUCUUGCGUAACACUUUGUCUGAUUUGAUUUCAGACUGUUGUGCAAGUGAAAUAACAUUACAUUACUCGACAUAUGCAGCAAACACAUGCUACAGUUGCAUGCGACUCCAGAUUACUUUCUGGGAGGUGGUACGAGGGGAAACGGUAAUGCGGUGGUGAGGGCUUCGGAAGACAGAAAAAUGUCACAAUUUCUUCGACUACGUGCUAGGGUUGCUACCUCACUGCUGUAGAAUUCCUGGACACCCAUUCAUUGACCAAAAUAUUGCACAUAGCGAUACCAUUCUAAAGGUUUGUUUAGGUCUUUUUAAAAUUAUAAUGCUACAUAACAGCGUAAUAUCCCGUAUUUUGAAUACAUUGAUAACUAAUACUUACUCAAUAAUGUAAUCGCUUUUUGGAUUAGUUAUGACCUACCACGUCAUACCUUCCACCUUAUAUUUUAAAAGUAUUAGGUAAAAUAUAACAAGCAGCCUUUACGGUAUAAAGUCACCCUAGGUAAUACAACAACUACGAAUCAAUCACUGUUUUCACCAUAUAAUUCAGUUCCUAUCGCAUGUUGUGUGAUGUAAGACGUUAUUUUUUGGCUGGAUUUUUAUUUUGUAGCCGGUCAUUGUUCUCGUUUUUGCUCCAUUUAUAUUGUAGCUGUGUUUUACUAAGGAAGCUUUGAACAUGCCGACUGACUAUGCAGUGUGUGUCGUGCGUGCCUUUUCAUGAAAUUGGUUAGCUAAAGAUACAGUACAUUCCUUGAGCGUAUUUCAUUGUUUAAAAAGACAGUAUAGUUUCUUUCUAUUAAUCGGUUAUACCUCUGACUGAAUAUGAGAGCGUUAUUAACGCACACAGACGAAAGGUAAAGGUUCCGGGUCAUUCUGUGUCCCAGAAUGAAAUUCCUUUUUCCAGCAUGGACGAAUAAAAAAUCCGGGGUGGUCUCGGAAACGACACAAAAUCAACUACGAAGAAUGCGUUGGCUGCAGCUCUAUAAAGUACGCCAUAUAAAAGGUACUUGACGUCAUGUCCAAUUUUUCCAGAGAAAAUAUAUCCCCAUUAUUUUGCAUCACUUACUUUGCGUUCAGAUAAUCCUGCAAGCCAGGCUCUGAUCAUUAAAUUCCUUCCUGAAAUACUCAUCAUUCUGGGCAUCAUUGAAUCUUCGUAUCUUUGUCGCCUUAAGCCUGGUUCAUACAAUUCGUUUUUCCAGCACGGACGACCAAAAUCCGAGAUGGUCUCGGAAAAUCCAUUAGGGCAAAAACUUCUUGAACUUUUCACCUAGAGCCAGCAUCCACGCGUAAAGAUGACAGUAAUUCACACUUUCAAAUAGCGGUACUUUAACAUUUUCGCGAUUUCCAUACCGCAAAUUUUGAUGUGUACAUUGAUAGAUAGAAUAUACACUGUGCAAGGUAUUGGAGGUUGUCAGUCAAUUUAGAGAACUUGUGGAAUAGGUAAGGAUUGAACAAAAGAUAAAAAGUAGUGAUUUAAAUAUAAAAAUAAUGACAAAAAUACAUUCGUAAGGCAGCUUACAUAAGAUGCACUAAGCACAUCAAAGUCUGACCAGGGAAAUACACAGUUCUCCGAUAGUUCACUGUAGGAAGGUAUAGAAAGAAUUUACAAACUACCAUAGAAGAGUGUCUAUGCAGUAUAAUAUCUUUUGUGUUUUUUUUUUUUUUUUUUUGACAUAGGUUACGUAUAAAAAUGCCACACAGGAUAAUAAGCAAACAGCGAAGAAUUCGACUUUUUAUGGUGCUUGUGGUAAGACGUUAAUGGUGCUUUUAUUUUGAAAGAUCAUUUUGUUUUAAUCGACAUAUUACAAAAUGCCCCUGUAUGCGGAGAUAUAUGGCUGUCUGUAGAGGUAAAAUAUCGUCUGAAGGCAUGAAAGAUUAACAUGGGAAUUAUUGCCGCUUUUGUAGGCAUGAAAUGUUAAUGUGUGAAUUAUUGCCGUCUUUACGCGUGUAUUUUUUCCGUCUGUGGGUGUGAAAUAAUUCUGCCUCUAGGCGAAAAGUUUAAGAUGUUUCGAACCUAAAGGCCUUACGUAUCAUACUUCUUCAUACGCGUACUAGCGGUCGCGUUUGACGUCAUCGUGGCAGUGUACGUGCAGCUCUGGACAAACUCAUGAUCGAUUCGUUAGCGUCCGCUUUAAAUACCAACAUUUGUUCGGGCAUUGGGGUAGUUUGCAAACCCUACAGACUGUUUACAUGGUAACAAAACUGUUACAUAUAUGUAAAUGCGUGUGUAUGUGAUACUUGGUAUGUGUGCAGGGACUAUGAGAAUAAUAAUUCAUAUUGUCAUUAUUAAUAAAAACAUAAAUGAAACACGUGCUCAUGUGCACAGUAUGUGGCUUGACCGGAGAACUAUGAACGUUUCCAUGUACGCAUACGCGGAAUGGAUACGCGAGUGUCGGGCUUAUGCGGAGAAGUAUGAACUAGCAUUAUAUAGGGAUAUGACUACCAUUCAAAAAACAAUAUUGCCCACAAAACCCCCUGUUUGAGAGCUUUGAUCUACCAGCUAGCUAGCUAUACCUGUUAGGGCCCUGACGUAGACUCAGUUGAUUCGUGUUACGUCCUUGCAUUCGAAUUACAAAAAUGAUAUUCGCGUCUAGGCCUGUCAAUUACUACAUACAGCUAGUGCUCAGUAUAAAUGAGUACUCCCCCUUUGAAAAGUAAGAUUUUAAUCGAUAUCUCAAUGAACACAAUAACAAUUUCCAAUUUUCCACAAGGAGUUUUAAAGAACACUUGAUUUUUUUAACUUUUAUUUCUUUUCAUAUUUCCAUAUAAUCAAACAUUCAUCGACAUUAUUUAAAAUUACGUUAAUUUAAGGUACAAGUAAAAGAAAAAAUAUGCAAUUAAAUAAAAUAAAAUGUUGGUGCUAAAUAGUCAUACCAAAAAGGAAGUUUGUACAUUUUCCAUCUUGAAGAGGCAAAAACAUUUUUAAUAUUCUAUUAUGUAAUCUACACAUAGGAGGCUUAUUGGCCGAUAGCUGCUACGUUGCAUGGGGUCUUUUCCUUCUUUUUGUAAGACUGUAAUAAUUGCUUCUGACCAUGAUUCUAUAUGGUCUCCUGAGUUUAAUAUAUAAUUAUAUACACUGCAUAAUAUAGGACUUAGCUCAUUUACAAAUGUUUUAUAGUACUGACGGGCUUGGGGGAGGCUCCCAGGUAACAGCGUAGCCGGUGCCCCUUCUUGCCGCAGCCCAGCAAACUAGCAUCUCCGCCCCAGAUGUCUUCUCCCCGGCAGGGACCCUCUUCUGCUUCACCGUCUCACCACUGCCUGGAGGUCCACGAGGCUGGAGCAGACUUGCCGGAUGAUUUUGACGAGUAGUUCGCUCCACCUGCACCAAUCAGAUCACUUCCCAGAACCCACUUCUAUAAUAAAUCCCAGGCGAACUGAAACAUCCUGACAGCAGCAAAGAACAAAAACAACUGCUUACUAGAGUAAAACACAUUGUUAGACUUUGGACCGUCAAGUGCACUCACGGCAAUGAAUGGGCACCUGGUGUAUUCAAACAUGCUCCAUUAUAGCCCUGAAGCUGAUGAACCAGUUAUGAGAGCUCAGCCACUUUCACUGUCUAUACAGUGUCGCUACAACAGGUUUCACUACACCUACAAGGUUGGUUACUUACCCGAGGUAAACAAAACCACUCUCUUCAAGAGUCUUAAGAGCAAGCGUAUAUUUAAGCUCACUACUUACAAUGCACGUUGGGAGAGACCUCUGGCAAAUGAAGGAUUUGUGCUUGGUGAACCUAUAUACUUUGAGGCCAGCACUAAUUUUAUUGCCAAAAAUGAGCAAGUGUUUGUAAACUCUUGUUAUGCUUCACCGUCUAAGAAACCAGAGUCUAUGCCUCGAGUGGAUGUUAUUAAGAAUUUUGGGUGCAUGGUGGACAGCAAGAGGAGGAGGAGUCGGUCCAAGUUUCUCUCUUACAAAAUGAAUGCCCUGCGAUUCACAAUCGAUGCAUUUGCUUUUCCAAAUAUUUCUGCAAAGCAACUUUACCUGCAUUGUUCAAUUGCUGUUGGGAAGAAAGCUGUGACUUCAAGUGCUAAGUCAUGCAACUUCAAAAGGAAAUCUAAAAGCUGGGUGGAGCUGCAUGGGCCAGCCUCUGUGUGUUCCUGCUGUGAUUCUGUGUGUGGUGGAGAAUUUCGACCUGACACUGUGGCCCCGCCUAUAAAUACUAUGGUCACUAAUGGGCCUUGGAUGAUCUCCAGACAAGGCCAUGAUAUAGUGGUGUUCCCUGUAAAUGGGGACAAUCCUGUGGAGGCUGAGAAGGUGCCGCUACUGAAAGAUCUUUCAAAGACGACUUGGGAAGACCCCUUAGAGAAGUUGGUGGGAGAGCCUUCUGUGUGGCAGGAGAAAUAAGAAGAUGAAAUUAGUUCCUGGGAGUAGCUGGCAAAUACAGAGGAUGGUAUUCCAUUAAAUAAAAAGGACCAUCCCACCCUGGACUUCUAUGAGGAACAUUUUCAGUUCAUUAAAGUGACAGUUUUCCUCUACUCAUUGGCUUCUUAAACCAUCAAUCCAUCUUUAUUGAGCCGAGACUUAAUUUCUCAGCCUCAAACUGGGGAGAAAUUAAGUUUUGAGUAUAUUAGUUUGUGAAUGGAUGAUCUUGUAGCUCUAAUCGGAGUAGCAUAUCUAACUAUCCCUAGGAACAGUGUGUACUCUUUCUCUCCUGCUACUGUUGCUUAAUGGGACUUGGCAAUAACACCUCUGUUAAAUUAGAUUAAAGCCUAGGGAAUUGAUUUUGGGUGCCAGUACUGAAACGUUUGACUUUACACAAGAAAAUAACUAAAAAUCCCAUGGACAGGCAGGUGUAUAGAGGACAUCCCUGGACUGUUUUCUCAUUUUAAACUUGGGGAUGUCUUCCUCUCUCCACCCCCAUAACCCUGCUGAGGUUAGCCUGAAAUGAAUACUCUGAAAGGUAGUAAAAUAGUGAGAAGAAUUGCCUCCUUCAUCUAAACCGAAUGGUACGCUGCUAUUAAAUUUGUGCAAUAACAGUUGGAUUGAAUUAUAAUAAAACAUUGUUUGCCAUGCU